UGGAGCCACAGCCAGAUCGCGGAUCACUACAGCACCUGCAUCAAGCUCUCCACCGAGAACAAAAUCACCACGAAGAAUGCCUUUGGCUUACACCUGAUAGAUUACAUGGCAGACAUCCUGAAACAGAAGGAUACUGAACUGACCAACUUCAAGAUGGCAGCAGGCACGCUUGAUGCCAGUGCCAAGAUUUACUCCGUGCGUGUGGAUGCGAUUCAUGCGGACACAUACAAAGUGCUUGGAGGCUUGAGCAAGGACCCAGCACCCAAAAAGUCCGUGGACAGCCCAGGAGAAGAAGACAGUCCAGCUCCUGGGGCUGCCAAGAGGGCUCAGGCAAAGAAGAAGCACUCGUUCAAAACCAUCGAGACAAACCUGAACAACAUCAAUGUGUCGGAGGCUAAUCGCAGAUGUGAGAUCGAUCCCAUGUUCCAGAAAACAGCAGCAUCGUUCGAUGAGUGCAGCACAGCUGGAGUUUUCCUCCUUGGGCUGCGUACCCAGGACUGCCGCUGUGAGCUCCUCUUCAACUCGGAGAUCAUCCCUCUCCCUUCCUCAGAGACUCUCGUGCUGCCAAACACCAGCCCUGUGAAAGUGAUGGAUCUAAAGUCCCUUCUAGCACAGUGCACUGAAAAACGCCCCAUCUGCUCUUCACUGGCUGGUUUCCAGUUUACAAAGUGGGAUGCUGAAUCCCAGGAUGAGUCAGUGUCAGCCCUGUUGGACAAAUUCAAGAAGAGUGACCAAGUGUUUGAUAUCAACGCUGAGGUCGACAGUGAUACAGAAGACUCUGCUCCCAUCCUGCCAGGUGAUGACUUCAAUUCUGACUCCCCCAGGAAUACGCUGAUAGAUAAGAUUGGGGAAUUCACAGAAAAGCUCAACUCCUUUGGAACAGUUUGCCAGGGGAAGGGAACUGACACAGCUUCUUUUGGAUCGGGAGACGUCAGGACCAUGUGCCAUUAUGUCUCCAUGAAGCCAGGGGAAUAUUCCUACUUCAGUCCCCGGACUCUGUCGACGUGGGCUGGCCCGGAUCACUGGCGCUUCAAACCUCGGCACAAGCAGGCUGAAUCUGAAAAAGAGACCAGGAAAAGGAAUGCAAAGAGAGCGUUUGAGAUAGACUUUGAUGAAGAUACUGACUUUGAGGUGUAUUUCCGUAAGACCAAGGCAUCUAUAACUCUAGCCAAAUCCAUUCUGGAAAGCCAGAACAUGAAGAGCACCACACUUCCCACAGACUUCAACUAUGACCCUAACACCAUUCUCCAGCUGUACCUCAAACCAGCUUUUAAGCUCUGCAGGAUGCCUCAGCCAGAAAGCUCCUUGGAUCACGAAGAAGAGAUCGGCAAGUACGACUACAACAACCCCAACGACACCUCCAACUUCUGCCCUGCAUUGCAGGCUGCAGACAGUGAUGAUGAUAAUGACCCAGUUCAAUUCAUGGGCCCGACAGGGGAGUUCAACCUUACUGUCCACCCUGAGGUUCCAGAAGCUGAGCUCAACAGGCUUGUUGAUCUCACAACAUAUGGAGAGCUGAACCUCGUUGCUGAGCCCCAGAAGGUCAACAAGAUAGCAAUUCAGUAUGCAAAGACAGCCAAGAAAAUGGACAUGAAGACAUUGAAGAAGAACAUGUGGAACCUCUUGACUGAUGGAAGAGAGAAAGAAACAGCAGCAGCAGCAGAGGAUGCAGAGAAAGAAGAGGAUGCCUCAGUGGUAGGAGGAAAGAAGGUCUUCAGCAGCAUCACAAAGGAUCUGUUUCACAGGCUGCCUUCUGGGAUGGCUAAAAACCUGUCCAUCCCCUUAGCCUUUGCCUGCCUCUUGCAUCUGGCAAACGAGAAGAAUCUGAAGCUGGAGGGCACAGAGGACCUGUCUGAUGUCCUGGUGGAACAAGCCAACCGAGCCCUGUGCUGA